UGUGGUGUGUAAGUUGUGAGUUCCACUCACGGUCACGGAUAAUAUUUCUACUGGAAGGUUGCUCCUUUUCCUUUGUCCUGUUGUCGUUGAAGUAUUGAUUCAAGAUGAAUGAUGGUAGACCGAUGGAGCUGCAUUACAUCAACCCUGUUUUUCCAUAUACUACUACUGAAAGCUUCAUGGAGUUUUUCGACGGACCGCCAGUGGAUUAUGAUCACGCUGGACCAAUUCCUUAUCAGGAAUACUGGUCAAUGAACAUGAACCCUUACAAGUUUGGAUUGUCUGGUCCGGAUGGUGCAUCUUAUUAUGGUUCUUACGAAGAAGAUAAUAGUUUCCCUAGACUGGAGGUCGACAGGGGAGAGUGGGAAUAUCCUUUAACAACGACCACUGAGGAGCCCACCACAACAGGCUCUCCAUCCAGAGGGGACGGAGUGAAUGGGAUGCAGACCAUUACUGAACAAUCCAGCCCAAAUCGUCAUGAUUCCAGUAGUGCUCCGGUUAUAUGGCAAGACAACAUCGAUCCAGAUAAUAUGACUUAUGAGGAAUUACUGGACUUGGGUGAGGCAGUUGGAACUCAAAGCCGAGGUCUUUCUCAAGAACUUAUUGAUUUACUGCCGACCUCGAAGUUCAAAUUUGGAAACUUAUUUAAAAGAAAAAAUUUUGGGAAAAGGUGCGUUAUUUGUCAGAUGACGUAUAGAAGAGGUGACCAACAAAUAAAAUUACCCUGCCGGCAUGUUUACCAUGGCGAAUGCAUCAGUAAAUGGCUUAGCAUUAACAAGAUUUCAGAUGAUAGACAAACAUUAGAUAAGAUUACCAGAAGAUGGGAGAUGACGGUGAUUCAGUUGGAGAGAAACCGAGUGACCAAGUAA